UAAAGGCUAGCGUGGGUAUACUUGUUUACGACCAGUUUCAAGAUGGCUUGCCCAGGAGACGACGACGACUUGCAAUUGGCGUGGAGUGAUUAUGAUUCCAGCGAUUUAGAGGAGGAUUUCCAGGAAUUAGAGCGGAAAGAAGCUGUGUUAAGUAGCGAAGAAGCAGAUAGCCGUAGCGAUGAUCACUGGGAAGCCAGUAGCGGAAAAAACGUGUGCGGUAAGUGCGCUGAUGAAGCACCACAGGCAGUGACAGCCAGCACAAGUGAUGGCCAGGGGAGACCUAGCCAUAUGGCAUCUACAGGACCAGGCUGUGCUAGCAAACCCCAUCCAAAACUCAAAGUAAAGAGACCAGCGUCUCAUUUUCGGGAAGCAGAUGCAAUGAAGGAAGGACCAGGACUUGUCAAGGAUGCCCUGGUAGCCGCCACCAAGUAUCCUCCAUUCCUGUUGAAGAUAGGGAGUAUGGUUACCCCCGGUAACACAGCAGCAAACACAGCAGAAGCUAUGCUCAAGAUUUGGGGGACCGUUGACUCUUCUAGGUUCAUCACAACACUGUGUACUUCGUUGUGGUCUGUUAUCAGUGCUAGAGAGAAGUCUGUUCUGAAUAGUGCAUGUAACGAAGCCAUGUAUUCAGCGUAUCAUAAGUACUGUACUAGUGAAAUGCACCAUACAUUGUGCAACACCUUCAUGAGUAGUAUUGGUGUGAAUCCGUGCGUUUUGCUGUACCAGUUUGUUACAAAGAGAGUUCAAGAGGGCAUCUUGCAUUUGAAGUACAGUGCCGAUAUUUCUAAUGAUACAGACACCAGUGUUAACAUGACAUAUGCCGAACGUCAGAUUCUAAGGUAUAUCGCUGGCUAUAUUCCACAUGCAAUGCUAAGGCGCUACCAGAAAUACAGCAACAACAUGGUAGCUAAACUGUAUGUAUCUUUCUUGAAACAAUGUAGCGUUCCACCAACCAACUCCUCAUACACAACUUUCCUGCAAUAUGCCCAAGGGUGGAUCAACACUGUAGAUGAUGGUAGGCUGUUUACUGUCACAGAUGAGGUAUACUUGUUUUUCCGUGCAGUAGAAAAUGUUGUCAGGUAUACGGCAAACCUUUGCAAAGGCAGGUUGACCAGUAUUAAAGAUGCCAUUGUAAGAAACCUUGAGGUAGACGUUGAGGUAAACAAGUACUGGUGUUGUUUAGCUUCCAAUUCCAUCACAAAUGAGAAGGCCAGUAUUGCUUUGCUGGAGUCUUUCCUAUCCUACUAUGUGGAUAUCAGAUGCACAGCCUUUGCUGAUCUCUCUUUGACAUCCUUACUCAAACCAAACUGACCGCUCCAUUUGGCUGUGAGUUUGGAUGGGGAUACUGGUAUCUUCGAAUUUAGAGGCGUUUCGGUGACUUGUUUGAAAGUGUCAGUUAUUGAGCAAUACUGACAACUACUUUUGCACUUGUGACAAGUUGUAAAUAAGGGAGAUGUGGGUUUAUGUGAAAAGUACAGUGUGGGAUUCCAUAUAUAGAUUGUGUAUAGAGGACAUGUACACCAUUUGUUGUAACCUCUAAUCUGAUUUAAUGGUAUUGCCCUUACUGUGACUUAUUGUAAUUUUCACACUACUUGUUGAACAUGUAACUCAAAGUUGUUGGAUUCUUUACUGUUUAUUCAGGCAUUGUACCCAAACAAAGUGUACAUGUAGGUACAGGUAUGGGUCCAGGUUUGUAUCUGUAACUUAAACAAGUUUGACAAAACACAAUGUAACGUUAUCUGUUGAUACAUGUACUAAUGAUAAAAGUAAGUUGCCAACUGUCUUGUUUUAGUG